UUGAUUCUAAUCUUUGUUCUGUGCUUAGUUUUUGAUUACUGAUUUGAAUUUCUGAAAAGGUUAGUUUUAUAGAGGUUAGUGUUUGUUCAAAUAUUUCGGUAAAUUUUUGUACGAGAAUAAAUUAUGGGAGGAUUGAAAAGGAAACGUGAAGAUAAGAUUAAAAAGUCGGUAGACAAAACAUCAAAUAAAAAGUCACUUGAUGUUGAUAUGGAAGUUGCUGAAUCGCAGGAUGAAAGUAUGUCUCAUGAAGAUGAAGUGGAAAGCGAACAAGAAAGUUCUAACCAAUCCUUAGAAGAAGACGAAGAUGAGGAACUAGAAGGUACAGAUCCAUUCACAAAACAUUUUAAAAAUUCUCUUCAUCCAACCCUUUUGAAGUCUCAUGAAGAUGAAGUGGAAAGCGAACAAGAAAGUUCUAACCAACCCUUAGAAGAAGACGAAGAUGAGGAACUAGAAGGUACAGAUCCAUUCACAAAACAUUUUAAAAAUUCUCUUCAUCCAACCCUUUUGAAGUCUCUUGAAUCUCCAUCUGGAUGUAUGCCUCAAGAGAAAGAAAAUUGGCCUAUAUUAAGAAACGUUGUUAUUUCAAUCCCUUCUUGUUCAGAAGCUGAAAGUGACAAAGAAUCAAAAAAACUUUUGGAUGAUGAAGUUGAGUACACUCUAGGUGGAAUUCCACCUAAAAUACUAAAUUUAAAAGAACUUACCCCUAGAUCUCUUCAUAUCAAGACACAAAUAGCCAAAAAUUUAAAAACAGCCAAUUGUGCUUUGAAUGAAUCAAUAGAUGAAAGCAAAUUUUUGACAGAAUUUCAAAAUGAACUCUUCAGUAUCAUGAACAAUUAUCAAGAUUUAUGUUUCACCAAGCAGACAUUGAAUAAUAUAGAUUCCAUGAGAUUUGUGUAUUGUUUACAUAUGGUAAAUCACAUUUUGAAAACAAGGAUGAAAGUUUUACGCCACAAUACUAAAUUGAAGAAUAGAGGUGAUGAUGAUGUACCUGAUGAAUACAGAGAUCAAGGCUUUGUCAGGCCAAAAGUUUUAGUUCUUCUUCCAUUCAAAUCAUCAGCUUAUAAAGUGAUAUCUGUGUUGGAGAAACUUCUGUUUCCAGAAGGGAAAAAAGGAAGUGUCAUGAAUAAAAAGCGAUUUUUAGAAGAAUACCAAGAAGAUACUCAGAGAAUUCCAAUCCGUAAACCAGAAGAAUACAAAAUGAUUUUCUCUGGAAAUACGCAUGAUGAUUUUACUAUGGGUAUAUCUAUCACUAGAAAAGCUUUGAAAUUAUAUUCGGAAUUUUAUUCUUCAGAUAUAAUUAUUGCGUCACCAAUGAGUUUGAGGAGAAUAAUAGGUGCUAAAGGAGAUAAAGAAAGGGAUUAUGAUUUUUUGUCAUCAAUAGAGUUACUUAUUCUGGAUCAAGCGGACAUUUUCAUGAUGCAAAAUUGGCAUCAUGUUCUCCAUAUCUUCGAUCAUCUCCAUCUUAAAUUAAGAGAUUAUAAAAGACCUGAUUAUGCAAGAGUUAGGCUUUGGAGUUUAGAUGGCCACGCAAAAUUCUUUAGGCAAACACUUAUAUUUUCAACAGUUAAUGCACCCCUCAUUGCAUCAUUGAUUACUACAAGAUGCCAUAAUUUUGCUGGAAAAGUUAUUGUGAAUAAACAGUUUCCUAAUGGAUCAAUAUGUGAUGUAAGAGGUGAGCUACAACAUGAUUUUUAUAAGUUUACUGUUGAAAAAGCUACUGAUAUACCACAAAAAAGGUUUGAGUUCUUUAUGCAUAAUGUUUUUCCUCUAUUCCAAGAGCAAUCAAUGAGACAGGUUCUGAUCUAUAUUCCUAGUUAUUAUGACUUUGUGAGACUCAGAAAUCACUUUAUGAGAGAGUCCAUAAAUUUCAAUCAAAUCUGUGAAACAAGUCCCAAGAGUAAAGUCGCUGAAGCAAGAGAUUUGUUUUGUAAUGAGGAUGUACAUUUUCUUCUCUACACAGAGCGAUAUCAUUUCUAUAAUAGAAUAAUUCUCAAAGGAAUAAGACAUAUUGUAUUUUAUGACCUGCCAAACUAUCCUCAUUAUUAUAGUGAAAUGUGUAAUAUGAUGAACAAUGAAAAUCUUCUGAAAUCUAAAAGAUGUCUUAGUAAUUUUACUGUAAGUGCUAUAUAUACACAAGCUGACUAUUUGAAAUUGAUUCCAAUAGUAGGGUCCAAAAAAGCUAAAAGUAUGUUUGCUUCUGAGAGAAAUCUUCACCGAAUCAUGAUUUGAAGUGACAUAAUUUAUUAUUUCUUAUAAUGACAAGGCACUUGGAGAAAUAUUUUGAUAUAACUAAUAAAUGCACAUUUUGGAGAAGGGAGAAUAUUUGAAAUAUGAUUAUAGUUAUUAGUAUACAGUAUUACUUCAAUGGUUCAGACAAUCGCUAGACCAUACACUCCAGUAAUCCGGAGACUGCUAUGAUUCAGGCAUUUUGAAAUUUUUACCUCUGAAAUCCGGGUGCGAAAAUAUCCAAUGCAUAACAAUAAUUGAGUAAUAUAUAUUUUUGUCUCAACAAGUAAUAAACAGCUGCAUGACGUUUGGAAAACGGCACUGUGCGCCGACAGAAUCUUUCUUUGUGCAUUUGGCUUCUAAACUUCCACUUGCUGAAGGCUCUUCAAUGCUUCAGUGAAGAGUCUGAAAUAUUAUAGCACCUUGAUGCAGGGAAAAAAACAUGUCGGAAUUAUUAUUUGUUUGAAAAUCCUCAUUUUACAAGUCGAUGAUACGAGCAUGUCCUGGAAUGAUAUCUGCCUGGACUACUGAAGUUAUACUGUAUUUCAAGCAGUUGGAAAUGAUUUACAUUUUCCAAUUUUUGUAAUUUCUGUUCCACAUUUAUUCUAGUGAUUCAUCUGUUUAGCUCUAUGCUCUUAAUUGUUAUCUCCCCAGUUGUCUUAUCUCCAUGACUAUAUGUGUACAUUUGUCCAGUUUAGAGGAAACACCCUAUAUGGCCUAUAUAGUGUGAAUUAACAUCUGAUAACCUUGUGUGACUCCAUUUGUUCUUAGGAAUUGGUCCUUGUGAUUAUUUUUUUGACAUAAAUUUUUGCUUCACACUGUGAUUAUAUUGAAGUUAUUUGUAAAUAUUAAGUCCUACUUGUUUUUAAAUUGGCCUUAUUGUACAUAUAACUUGUAAAAACAAUAAAUAUUAAUAUUUUU